AUGGAAUCGCCAAUUAGCGAUGCCUCGAUCGAGUGGCCCGUGUCGAGGGUGAGGCAGACCUUCGUCGACUACUUCGUCGAGAAGCAGCAGCAUCUCCACGUGCGAUCAUCGUCGGUCGUGCCGCACGAUGACCCGACCCUGCUGUUCGCGAAUGCAGGCAUGAACCAGUUCAAGCCCAUCUUCCUCGGCCAGGUCGAUCCGAAGAGCGAGCAGGCCACCUGGAAGAGGGCGGCUAACAGCCAGAAGUGCAUCCGUGCUGGAGGCAAGCACAACGAUCUCGAGGACGUGGGCAAGGACACCUAUCACCACACCUUCUUCGAGAUGCUGGGCAAUUGGUCGUUCGGCGACUACUUCAAGGAGGAGGCCAUCUCGUGGGCUUGGGAUCUGCUCACCAACGUGUACGGCCUGCCCGCUGAGCGUCUCUACGCCACCUACUUCAGGGGCGACGAGGAGGAUGGACUCGCAGCCGACGAAGAGGCGCGUGCCAUCUGGCUCAAGUUCCUGCCGGCCGAGCGUGUCCUGCCCUACGGCCGCAAGGAGAACUUCUGGGAAAUGGGCGCCACGGGUCCGUGCGGCCCGUGCUCGGAGAUUCAUUUCGAUCGCCUCGGUGGUCGCGACGCCGCCAGCCUCGUGAAUGCCGACGAUCCCACCGUCAUCGAGAUUUGGAAUCUGGUCUUCAUCCAGUUCAAUCGCGAGGACGACGGCAAGCUGAAGGCCCUGCCCGCGCGCCACGUCGACACGGGCAUGGGCCUCGAGCGAAUCACCUCCAUCCUGCAGAAGAAGCUCAGCAACUACGACACCGAUGUGUUCACCCCCAUCUUCGCCCGCAUCCAAGAGAUUACCGGCGCGCAGCCCUACGGCGGCCGCGUGGGCGCCGACGACGUCGACACUCGCGACAUGGCCUACCGCGUCGUGGCCGAUCACAUCCGCACGCUCUCCUUCGCGAUCAACGACGGUGCCGUGCCUGGUGCCGUGGGCCGUAACUACGUCGUGCGCCGCAUCCUGCGCAGGGCCGUGCGAUACGGCAAGCAGAUCCUCGGCGCCGAGGACGGCUUCUUCCACAAGCUCGUGCCCGUCGUGCUCGAGAGCCUGGGCGACGCGUUCCCCGAGCUGCGCCGCGACCCCGCCCACCUCACGCAGACCAUCAUGGAGGAGGAGGUCGCCUUCACCAAGACUCUGGCCAAGGGCCUCAAGAAGUUCGCCAAGGCCACCGAGAAGAUGCAACGCGGCGACACCAUCAGCGGCGAGGUCGCCUUCCGUCUCUACGGCACCUACGGUUUCCCGCUUGACCUCACCACUCUCAUGGCCGAGGAGAAGGGCCUCAAGGUCGACAAGGCCGGGUUCAAGGCCGCGAAGACUGCGCAGCCCACGGGCGCUGUCACCGCCAUGCAGAAGGCCGCCCUGGCCCUCGGCACCCACGCUGUGGCCCACCUCCAGGGCGUCCCCGUCGUGCCCACCGACGACGCGGCCAAGUACAUCGAUAGCGACGUGGACGCCACCGUGCGCGCCAUCUGGACCGGCAAAGAGUUUGCCGACUCUGUCACCGACGCUGCUGCGGGCGUAGUGCUCGACCGCACCAACUUCUAUGCCGAGUCCGGUGGCCAGGUCGCCGACAACGGUGUGCUCAAGACCAGCACUGGCCAACAGACCGUGGAGGAUGUGCAGACCUACGGCGGCUUUGUCGUCCACAUGGGCGCCGUCCAGGGCACUCUCCGCGUUGGCGACGCCGUUCGCCUUUCGGUCGACGCUUCCCGCCGACACAGCCUCAAAUCCAACCACACCACCACGCAUCUGGUCAACCACGCCCUGCGUGAGGUGCUCGGUGCCCACGUCGAGCAGAGGGGAUCCAUCGUGCAGCCCGAGCGUCUGCGUUUCGAUUUCUCGCACAACAAGCCCGUCUCCGGUGACCAGCUGGCCGCCGUCGACAAGGCCGUGCUCGGGCAGAUCGCCCAGGACCUUCCCGUCGACGCCAAGGAGGUUCCCCUCAAGGACGCCCUCUCGAUCAACGGCAUCAGGGCCGUCUUCGGCGAGACCUACCCCGAUCCCGUGCGCGUGGUCGUCGCCGGCCCCACCGUCGACGAGCUUCUCGCGGCGCCCUCCAACCCCGAGUGGAAGAAGUACGCCAUCGAGCUCUGCGGUGGUACCCACCUGGCCCGCACCUCCGAGGCCGUCAGCUUCGCCGUCAUCAGCGAGGAGGCCCUCGCCCGUGGCAUCCGACGAGUCGUCGCCUUCACCGGUGACGCUGCCCGCCAGGCCGUCGCCCGCGCCGACGAGCUCCAGCGCAAGAUCGAGGCCGCCGCCGCGCUCAAGGGCGCCGACCUCGAGGAGGAGAUCAAGCGACUCGACAAGGCCAUCAACGACGCCGAGCAGCCCAUCCCCGCCGCCCGCCAGGUCCAGUCCCGCGCCCUCCUCGACAAGCUCCGCGGCAGCGCCUUUGCCGCCUCCAAGAACUCCAAGGCCGAGCAGCUCGAGGCCGCCCAGCAGUACGCCGAGCAGGUCCUCGCCGCCCUCGGUGAGGCCACCACCGACAAGGCCCACAUCGGCCACCUCGACGUCGGCUCCAACGUCAUCGCCCUCACCAACGCCAUCAAGGCCAUCCGCGCCAAGCACCCGCACCUCGCCGUCCUCCUUCUCAGCGCCGAGGAGGUCAAGGGCAAGGGCAAGGUCACGGUGGUGACGCAGGUCUCGGACGACCUCGUCGCGGCGGGCCUCAAGGCCAACGAGUGGGCCGGCGCCGUGGCGGGCCUGCUCGGCGGCAAGGGCGGCGGCAAGCCCCAGACUGCCCAGGGCUCGGGCUCCGACCUGACCAAGAUCGCCGACGCCCUCUCCCUCGCGCGGUCCUUUGUCAACGAGAAGCUCCAGUGA